AUGGACGCGGAUCCAAGCAAGAUUCAGAGCAUUCUCGCGGCCCUUGCCCAGCAAAGACCCCCAGCUGGGGCGACGCCGACGCAGACUCCUCCAAAUGUUGGCAAUGCCCCAUACCCUCCUCCCUCUUCAUCGACACAGCCUGGCCUGUACCAAGCGCCGCCGCCACCGGGUGCUCCUGGAUAUGGACAUCCUGGCCUUGGUCUCCCGGCGCCAGCCUCGAGCGGGAACCUAGAUCUCAGUGCCAUUCGACCUGUAAAUUCGGGCACCAUGAACUUCAACGAUGCACUGUCCAAGAUUCGAGCCUCUGCCGCAGAGAAGGGCGCUACCCCGUACGACCGUCCGAUUGUCUAUAAUGCCGAUGCCAGAAAUACAGAGCGACCCUAUGGCAGGUCAAGAUCGCGAUCCCCUCAUCGAGGUGACCAUGGCGACAAUAUGUACCGAGAUGAUCGCCGAGGGGGACAUGGCCGAGAAUACGCCCGCGAACGCUCUUACUCUCCUGGACCCAGGGGCGGUCGACCCUUUUCGCCCCGAGGCAGCGGUCGUGAGCGAUCGCCUAUUCGGGGUGGGGAUGACCAGUCAGAAACAAUUCAGAUCGAAUCCAGCCUGGUUGGUUUGAUUAUCGGCCGUCAGGGAGAGAACCUUAGGCGUAUCGAGGGUGACACCAACUGCCGUGUCCAGUUCCUUCCGGCAAGCGACAAUGGACCCUUCCGGCAGUGCAAAAUUACCGGCCCGAGACAUGCUCGUGCCGAAGUCAAGACAGCGAUCAACCGUAUCAUCGAGGAUAGCGGUAUGGGACCCCUCAACCGCGCCCACGAGAAGCCCCGCGAUCCGAGUAAGGGCGGCGCGGCCGCCCUCCGUGACGGUGAAGACCAUAUGCAGAUCAUGGUACCGGAUCGUACCGUUGGCCUCAUUAUCGGCCGAGGAGGCGAAACUAUUCGUGAUCUCCAAGAGCGAUCUGGAUGCCACAUUAACAUUGUCGGGGAAUCGAAGAGCGUCAACGGCUUGAGGCCUGUCAACCUUAUCGGAACUCGAGAGGCUGCCGCCAAGGCCAAGGACUUCAUCCUGGAGAUUGUGGACAGCGAUAGCCGAGGAGAAGCACCACCAAGUGUCAAGCCCGCACCGGGGAGCCGCAAUGACACACCCCGCCGAGAUGGGCCCGGGAUGGGUGCUACUAAUGGACCUGACAAGAUUAACGAUGCCAUCUACGUGCCGUCCGAGGCCGUGGGCAUGAUUAUAGGUAAAGGAGGUGAAACGAUUCGGGAGAUGCAGAGCGCGACUGGCUGUAAAAUCAACGUGGCUCAAUCGUCUGGUCCGGACGAGGUUCAGAGGGAGAUUGCUCUUAUCGGUACCCGCGAUAGUAUUGCGCGUGCCAAGCAGGCCAUCGACGAGAAGGUUGAGGCAGUGGACCAUGACCGAAGGGACAACUCUUCUCGACAAGCUCCCAGCCAUUCUACUAACCCACCAUCCCAAGCCCCCUCCGGUGAUGGCGCUGACCCCUACGCCCAAUAUGGCGGAUACCAGAACUAUGUGGCACUCUGGUACCAGUCUCUAAUGUACCAGCAGCAACAACAAGGCGGCCAGGGAGCGCCUGCUGGAGCGCCCGCCCCUGGAUCUUAG